AUGGUGGGAUGUAUCCUUGGCGGAGGUAAUAACGGAAUGAAUGGACUUCACGGUUUCAUGAUCGACAAUGUCGUGUCGUUCAGGUUAAUCACUGCAGAGGGCAAAUCGCUGGAGCUGAGCUCCUCUUCCACGGGUGAAGAGAAGGCAUUGUAUUAUGCCUUGUGUGGAGGUGGCCUUGGACUUGGAGUCGUGACGGAGUUGACUCUGAAAGCAUUUCCGAUUAGCGCUCUCAACAUGCAGGAAGAAGGAAUAUGGACACGGCGUCUGAUAUUCCCUCCCCCGGCCAUCGGUUUCGCCGCUGAGACAUUCCUCAAGCUGCAGCCACCACUUCCGAGCAUGAACACUGUUCUGGCAUUCAUGAGAGCUCCGCCAGGCACACCUGCUCCGGGAGCGCCAAUGAUCGCGCUCACAGCGAUGUCAUACGGCCCGGGUCAGGAAGCAGAGAAAGCAAUGGCCCUUCUAUUUGAUCCAGAAAUCAUUGGAAAGGCCAUCAACCCGGCUACCGUAUACACCCCUCUCCCAUUGUCAAGCGCCGCGUUUGAGCCGCUCAAUGUUCAUGGAGACUUCAAGGACGGGUCAUCAAGCUUCCUCAAGACACUGAAUGCCGAGACCAUCACAGCUGGAUUCCGUCAAUGGCUCGAGUUCACGGACAAGUACCCCGAUGGAAAGCGCACACUACUCGUCAUAGCCGGCUUCAACACGAAGAAGCUUGCUGAGUAUGGUGAGAUCCCGGAGGGCAAAGCGAAGUUUUGUGAGAUCCGUGAUAGAAACUUCUUUGCGUCAACAUGGGGCUGGUGUACGACUCCCGAGACUGCCACCGCCAUGUGGUCGUUCCAAAACGAAUUCAACGCACUGUGCCGAAAGAACGACACGGCAAUCCCAAGAACAUUUGCCAAUAAUCUUACCCCCGAAACGAAACUUGAAGAGCUGCACUCGGAUGAGAAGAUUGCUGAGCUGAAGCGGGUGAAAAAGACAUGGGACCCAGAAGGCCUGUUCUGGAGUCUAUAUGGAGAGAAAUCGAGUUGA